UAACUUUUAUGACUUAUCAUUCUAUUUGUUUCCACCGAUAUCCCCGAAAUUUUGAACGAUCCACCAUGGCAUAAAGUCUCAAUUACAGAGAAAAUGGAUGACGCUAAGGCGGCGGCAAUGGCGCAGCAGCAGCAGCAGCAGCAGUUCCUUCUCUUGCAACAGCUUCAGCGCCAGAAACAGCAGCAGGACGCCAUUUCUCGAUUCCCAUCCAAUAUCGAUGCCCAUUUGCGCCCACCUCAGCACCAUCUCCUUCACCACCGUCCCCAUGUCUCUCCUCAACCACAGCAUCAACAUUCUCUUUCAUCUCAAAUCCCUAAUGCUAAUUCGAUCCCCAAUUUGCCUCACCCCCAAAACCCUAAUUCCAGUAACCCUAAUAAUAAUACUGCCCAAAAUCCCCAGCAACAGCAGCACAAGGCCUCUUUGCAGCUGGCUUACCAGGACGCCUGGCGGGUUUGUCAUCCUGACUUCAAGCGCCCUUUCUCUUCCCUCGAAGAUGCUUGCGAGAGGCUAUUACCUUACCAUGUGGUAGCUGACUAUGAAGCAGAGGAGGAUGACAAGAUCCUUGAUUCUGACACAACAGGUCAAAUGCUUUCUCGCUCCCAGCAGUGGGACAACAACAUUGCUGCCAAAGUUGCAGAGUUUACUGCCACAUUUGAGAAGCAAGUCCUCGCGUUUAAUAUAAUUUCCCGCAAGCGUGGCCUUGGGGAGUUUCGGACGGAGGAGAAACUGAUGAUGGAGCAAUUACUGUUGCAAGAGGAAAAACGAGCACUGCUUGAAUUGAGGGCUGAAAUGGACUCAAGGCAGAAAGCAACUCAAGAAACUCAUGAAGCCAAUAUGCGGAUGGCUGCUCAUGCUGAGAUGAUGACUCGAGCGCCCCCAAUAAGAGCAAAUGCGCUUGGCUCUCAAGGCAGUAAUAUUUCAAUUGGUCAUGAGAUGGGGGAGCAGGAUCAGGAUGUCAACCAUGAUGAGAUGAUGAAUGGAUGGAGUAACAAUGCACACAAGGAUGAUAAGGAGCCUUCUGAUGAUUUCUUGAAUGAUGAGGAAACCGAAAAUGGAGAUACUGCCAUGCAAACUGCAUGGCAUGGAACAGGUGAGUUAGAUUUGAAUGCAAGAUAGAAGUGAACAUGCCUCAGUGAAGGAAUUGAAUGCCGGAGUUGAAAUGUUUGAACCUUUACCAAAUUUGUAAAUUCUUAUAGUGUAGUUCACUGUUUUUCCUUCAGAAACAUAAAUAUGGAUGUAAUAAACUAUAAAAAUGGAUUUUUUGGUGUAAUCUCAGCUUGUGAGAGGUUGAUCCCAAUGCAUUUUGUGAAUGCUGAUAUUUUUUCA